CUAAAUCUCCAUGGUAGCCACUUCCCUUGAGAAGGAGGAAAAUAGGAGAUUGACCAUAAUAACCAAAUACUCUCUGUCCCCCAUCAUUCUCCCUUCCUUCCUCUCUUGGUUGGAAUUCAAAACACCAUCCGUGUCUUGGCUUCCUUCAAAAAUGCUUCCACACCUUCAUUUCUUCGUUCCGCAACCAUCAACAUGGAUCAUGGAGGAAGCCACACAGAGAACAAAGCAUGUUGCAGCAUGUCUUCGAACGGCUGUCAUGCCAAGAUGCAUGAAGGGAUGGAAAAGGGCACCGUCCUGAUGAACCGGUAUGAGCUUGGCCGCACCCUGGGACAUGGAACAUUUGCAAAAGUGCAUCAUGCAAGGAGCCUCAUGUCCAACCACAGUGUCGCCAUCAAAGUCAUUGAUAAGGAGAAAGUGAUGCGUGUUGGCAUGAUUGACCAGAUCAAGCGGGAGAUCUCCAUCAUGCGGCUCGUCCGCCACCCCAAUAUUGUCCAGCUGCAUGAGGUCAUGGCCAGCAAGACCAAGAUAUACUUUGUCAUGGAGCACGUUCGUGGCGGCGAGCUCUUCAGCAAGGUUGCCAAAGGCCGGCUCAAGGAGGAGGUGGCAAGGAAGUACUUCCAACAGUUGAUAGGGGCGAUCGAUUUUUGCCACAGCCGUGGUGUGUACCACCGAGACCUCAAGCUGGAGAACCUCCUCUUAGAUGACACUGACAACCUCAAGGUUUCUGACUUUGGGCUUAGUGCCCUCAGGGAGUCUCAGAGGCCAGAUGGGCUGUUGCACACGACAUGCGGCACGCCUUCAUAUGUCGCGCCAGAGAUCAUCAACAACAAGGGCUAUGAUGGUGUAAAGGCAGAUGUAUGGUCUUGCGGAAUUAUACUGUUUGUCCUGCUCGCAGGCUACCUUCCAUUCCAUGAUUCUAACAUAAUGGAGAUGUACAGGAAGAUAGGCAAAGGUGAAUUCAAGAGCCCUCACUGGUUCAGCUGUGAUGUCCGCAGGCUUCUGGCUAAACUCCUUGAUCCAAACCCAGAUACACGCAUCACCAUUGAGAAGCUUGUCGAGCAUCCCUGGUUCAUGAAGGAGUAUAAACCAGCAGUAAUGCUGGCACAGCCACACAUCUCAAAAAGCUUGAAAGAUGUGCAAGUUGCUUUUAGUGCGGACCAUGAAAGUAACAAAUGUGAAGAGGCAGAACAAUCAGCAAAUGCCAUGAAGCCGGCAAGCUUGAAUGCAUUUGACAUCAUCUCUCUCUCCAAUGGAUUUGACCUCUCAGGCCUGAUCGAUAUGGAGCAAAAACAGAAAGUGCACGAGCUGUUCAUGACACAAAAACCAGCAUCAGAGAUAGUGUCAAAGCUGGAGGAGAUAGCUGAGACAGAACACUUCAAUGUGAAGAAGCAAGAUGGGAUGGUGAAGCUGCAGGGGUCCAAGGAAGGGAGGAAGGGGCAGCUCACAAUUGAUGCGGAAAUAUUUGAGGUUGCAUCAUCAUGCUAUGUAGUCGAGGUGAAGAAGGCAGCAGGGGACACUUUAGAGUACCAGACAUUUUGCAACAAGGACCUAAGGCCUUCCCUGAAGGACAUCUGCUGGACCUCACCAUCAGAAGAUGAACUCCCAUCGGUGUCCGAGUAGGUACUUCCAAGUCAGUCCU